GAGACGCAGCCUAAAGACAGUCGGCAUGAAUUGGAGCUCGGCCGAGCCGAACGAAAACGGCUUGCUCUACGUGGGAUUCAACCAGGACCAGGGAUGUUUCGCAUGCGGAACGGAAUCCGGUUUCAGAGUGUACAACACCGACCCUCUGGACAAGAAGCAGAAAGAGGAUUUCCUCGAUGGCGGCAUCGGCUACAUCGAGAUGCUCUUCAGGUGUAAUUACCUGGCUCUUGUCGGCGGCGGAAAACGGCCGCGUUAUCCACCCAACAAGGUUAUGAUCUGGGAUGACGAACGCAAACAGAUCGUCAUAGAGUUGGCUUUCCAGACAAAUGUGCGCGGAGUUCGCCUACGGCGCGACCGGAUUGUGGUUGUGCUCGACACUGUGAUCAAGGUUUAUACAUUCACCCAGACCCCUCAGCAGCUGCACGUCUUUGAAACGAGUCCCAACGAGCGAGGGCUCUGUGUGCUGUGUCCAUCGUCUUCAAACUCGCUUUUAGCUUUUCCCGGCAGGAAGCAGGGACAAGUGCAACUCAUAAAUCUCGCACAGACCGAACAAGCCCCUCUCGACAUACAGGCGCACGAUUCACCGCUCAGCUGCAUCGCUCUGAACACGCAGGGCACGCUACUUGCGUCCGCAUCGGAAAAGGGAACUUUGAUCCGCGUGUUCGAUACGCAGAGCGGGACACUGCUACAUGAAGUUCGUCGGGGAGCGAACAACGCGACUAUCUACUGUAUAAACUUCAAUUAUAACAGCUCGAUGCUCUGCGUAUCCAGUGAUCAUGGGACCGUGCAUAUCUUCUCAUUGGAGAGCGUCGAACAGCAGCGGAAAACGAGCAAAUCGUCCUUGACGUCUGCCGUACUCCCGAAAUACUUCAGCUCGAAAUGGAGCGACGCCAAAUUUCAGGUGCCGGAUGGCUCUCAUAGCAUUUGCUCAUUCGGUGUGGAUGGGAACUCUGUGAUUGCCAUCUGCGCAGAUGGCUCGUACCACAAGUUUGCGCUGAACAUCAAGCAGGAAUGCAGUCGAGUGUUUUACACGCAGUUUCUUGAUUUAUAA